AUGCGCGGUAACGAGUUUGGCUUGGCUGUCGCCCAUUAUACGGCUGGCCUUGCUAUGGUUCCCGCGGAGGUGAAGGCAUCUGUUCCUGAUGGCGUGCCGCCCGAGGAUGAACAUGCCCUCCUGAGGUCAGUUCUUUUUUCCAACAGAGCAUCGGCAUUCAGCCAGCUCAAGAACUGGUCGCAGGCCUCUGCGGAUGCGGAGAUUGCGGUAGAGAAGAAAGGCGACUUCGUCAAGGCACGAACUCGUUUUGGGAUGGCUCUCCUGGCGUGCGGCCAAACAGAGAAGGCCUACGUGCAGUUUGCCCACGCCCUGAAGUUGGAGUCGAACAACAUGGCUGCGUUGAAGGGCCGGCAGGCUUGCAUCAGUAUGCUGCCGCUCUGGCGAACUCUCCCAGCCAGACAGCGUUUCCGUGAGCGGUUCGGAGUCGAUCUUUGGCGUCCAAAGGGCACCACGAAGGUCUAUGCCAUCUCUGACGUUCACUUUGACCACAAGUGCAACGAGGAGUGGGCACACCGAAUUGAUGACUUCGAAUUCCAAGAGGAUGUACUGAUUGUCGCUGGAAACCUCUGCGACACCAGGAACGCGCUCGUGCGCGCCUUGACAACGCUCAAGGCCAAGUUCCGGCGCGUCUUCUAUGUCCCGGGAAACCACGAGCUCUGGCUGAACCCCACAGAGGCUGCGAAGUACCCGGACUCCUUGGCAAAAUUGCUGGGAAUCAUGGAAACCUGCGACGAGUUAGGUGUCGACUGCUUCCCUUCCGCUGUCAGUGAGGAUAUCUUCGUGGUGCCCAUGCUAUCCUGGUACACAGCGGAGUUUGACGAGAAGGAUCCGUUUCCGGACCCCAACGCAAAUUUUGAUCACCAAUGCCGUUGGCCGUUGGACCCCGACACGCAG